AUCCCCAAAUUAUACGAGUUGAGCUCUGAGAAGGAAGAUCGGGCGGUCAGUUGAAAGUUAUUGAUCUGCAUCUGGGAUUGUCGGAUCCGCCACGUACGAAUCAGCUGCCCGCGAUCGUGGGUGCAUUGCGCAACAGCAUCACCGCUUCGGACACCGUGGGCUGAAUCCUUCUUCUUCCGCCAUCCGAUCAUGGCGUUGUCUCAAUUUUGGUGUCCCCGUCAGUGGACGCUAUGGCUUCUCUUUGUGUCUUAUGCCUAUGCGUUCUACGUUCCUGGCUACUCGGUCAAGCGCUACAAUGACGAUGAGCAUAUUCCCCUCCUUGUGAAUAAGAUCUUCUCCGACAACACACAACUCCAGUAUGCCUACUUUGACCUGCCUUUCGUCUGUCCCCCUAGCGGAAGAUCGCAUGGUGGCUCUCCCUUCGGUUCCGGACAAAGCGUGUCUCUGAAUCUGGGAGAGAUCCUUCGCGGCGAUCGCAUCAUGACCUCGGAUUUCGAACUUCAGAUGGGCAAAAAUGUCGAAUGCCAAGCGCUCUGCACACAGGAGGUCGGGCGCAAGGAUGUCAAAUGGGGUCGUCAACUCAUCCACGAAGGUUACGUAGCGGAAUGGAUUGCCGACAAUCUGCCUGGAGCAACAAGCUUUGUGACCGUUGACCGUAGUCGCAAAUAUUAUGCUACUGGCUUCAAGCUGGGAUUCCAGGAAUUUUCGCCCAUCGACGGCAAGCCGCGUUACUACAUCAACAAUCACUUUACCAUUGUCAUCCGCUGGCGGUCGGCACCCGAGGGCGGAAAGGUUAUUGUUGGAUUCGAGAUCUACCCGAAGAGCAUUCGCGCCGCCGAUCAUUUGGAGGGCGGCUGCCCCCAACAUGUCCACGAGACCCACGAGGGAUUGGAGCUGUACAUCCCCCCGGAUACUUCCAAGCUGCGCGAAAUGUACCCUGGAUCAUCGUACAUUCCCGAGGAUGAUGGCGACAUUGACGACGGUGCCACCUUGAAGAUCCCCUACACCUACUCUGUCUACUUCAAGGAAGAAAAUGGAGUCGACUGGUGGAACCGGUGGGACCUCUACUUCAGCAACCAGGAUGAGGGCUCUACGACACAUUGGCUUGCUAUUCUCAACUCGUUGACCAUCGCUGGUGUUCUUGGGGUUGCCGUGUACGUUAUCUGGAGUCGCACGGUUCAAGGAGACAUCAAGGGCCGUGGAGAUGGGGCCAUGGAGGAUGGAAAGCUCAAGGUCCGGAAAGCCAAGCCCGAGAGAAAGGGCGAUGGACUCUUGGAGCAAGGAGCUGAUGUCGAACGGGAUGCGGAUGUCUCGUCCGAUGACGAGGGUCUCGAAGAUGUGAGCGGAUGGAAACUCCUUCAUGGUGAUGUGUUCCGUGUGCCCCAGUACAGUGGACUGCUUGCACCCCUUGUUGGCUCCGGUAUGCAGCUGCUCUUUAUGGUGUCGGGACUUUUGCUACUCAGCUGCCUGGGUGUUUUGAACCCGAGUUUCCGUGGCGGUUUCGUCAGCGUUGGUAUGGGUCUAUUCGUCUUCGCUGGUCUCUUCUCGGGGUACUUUUCGGGGAGGCUUUACAAGACCUUCGGCGGUACAUAUUGGCGCAAGAACACUCUCAUAACUGCGUUAUUCUUCCCUGGACUCGCUUUCUGCCUCAUCUUCAUUCUCAACCUCUUCGUGUGGGCGCAGGCCUCUAGCACUGCCAUUCCUUUCGGCACGCUGGUGAGUCUCCUGGCUCUCUGGCUGCUCAUCCAAGUGCCGUUGGUGUACGCGGGCAGCUGGUACGGAUACGUGCGCACCGCGCCCUGGGAGCACCCGACCAAGACGACCUCCAUUGCACGUCAAAUCCCGCCACAGCCAUGGUAUUUGCACAGCAUUAGCGGGACUCUCUUGACCGGGCUGGGUCCAUUCGCGGUGCUGUUCAUUGAGCUUCUGUUUGUCUUCAAGAACCUGUGGCAGGACAAGAGCGGAUACUACUACGUGUUUGGCUUUUUGAGCGCCGUAUCGUCGAUUCUGAUGGUAACGGUCAGCGAAGUGACGGUCAUCGCAACCUACAGCCAACUCUGCGCGGAGAACUACCACUGGUGGUGGCAGAGCUUCCUCACGGGUAGCAGCAGUGCGUUCUGGGUGUUUGGCUACUGCGUGUGGUACUUUAUCUUCCACCUGCACAUCACUGGCUUCGUGUCGAGUCUGCUGUUCUUCAGCUACAGCUUCCUGGCGUGCGCCGUGUAUGGUCUCCUGACGGGCACGGUUGGAUUCUUGACGGCGUACAUGUUCAUCCGGCGGAUCUACAGUUCCGUCAAAGUUGAUUGAUCGACUCAAAUCAAUGGCCGCAGCAGACAAAUCCAU